AUGGACCAUAUAGCUGCCUAUAAGCGCUUUCUUAUAGGUAUAAAACCACGGGACUUGAAAAACUUGGACAAAGAGGCCAUUGACAAGCUCUACUUUAUCUUCAAUGAUAUAUUCCAAAUUCUAAGCGAUACAACCGCCAUUGAAGACCGGGCGCGGCUCCUCCUCACCGACACACUAGGGAUAUGGAUGGUAAGAAUUCGGCAGUGGGUCGAAAUCGUGAGACACUUGCAAUCGUUAGAUGACAAUCAGGCGUUGCUGUUGCAAAAACUGAAUACUCAUCUUUUGACACAAGUGCGUUGUGAUUUUCUGUUUCGCUACGUCAUCGACUUCUGGAAUGAGAGCGGAGCAGCUUUGGCAAACUCUCUAGAUGGUCUACUGCACAAACUACUGCAUCUUGUGAAACUAGUUCGGGUCGAAGAGGACUAUCAAGUGAUGCUGAGAUCGUGGUUAUCGGAGACUCUGCAGAUUCCCUACACUAUGCGUGUUUUGUAUUAUUUGACUCACGUUUUAGCACCCGAAGUUGAUGUUCUUCAAAUCCUCGAGAGCCGACCCGAUUUCAUAGAGCACUCACUUGGCCUAAUGUGGACAGAAUCUUUGGCGACUCCUAUCGGGAAAUGUAUCGCGAGCAUACUGAUCAAUGCUUACAAUCGCCAUUACAGGUCUGCAAGUGACCUAGAUGCUUGGUUUUCAUUGUGGGAGAGGUCAACAAUGCAUUUUUUCCAAAAUCCUCGAAUGCGCAAGCGCAUAGAAAUCUGUAUCCUAGUCCCUGUUUUCACAACCGUCAAGGAGAAUGUUUUCAAUCACUUUAUUUCGCGUAACUUUCAGCGUGAUUCUCCCGAGUUGAUUCCCAUUCUGAAGAUUGGCCAAGAGCUUUCUCUCGAGGAGGAACCAUUUCACGAUGAUAAACUUGUUUCAUUAAGCUUUAUGGAACAACUACUGCGGCAAGAUCAAUACAAGCUGCCUGUUUUCGAGCUACUUACCUUCGCAACGAAGAAAUCAAUGCCUGUUGCCUCAUACAUAUACGAUAUCAUAAAGCGAAACAUGAACCUAUUCUUCGUGGACAUCGAGGUGAAAUGUAGGAACGAGUUUCGUAGUCUGUUCAAAAAGUUUAUCGAUAGAAUACGCGACUCCACCUAUUCACUCAAUAGAGAUAGUCUCAAGCUUCAAGCAAAAAACAAAUUUCCAGAAGAACAAGCACAGAAGAGAAGAAUGAUAAGUGAGGCCAUUGCUUUCAUGGAUUGGCUUGUACAAUUUCUUAAAUCUCAAAUUAUCCCAGGUUCACAGUACCAACGGCAAAUUCUGGCUACUAAACUGCUAAAAACACUUGUGUCAUCUAGUCUUGACCCCAAUAUCCCCAAGCUCUACCUCGACCCCAGACUGGUCAUGAACUUUCCUUUUAACGUCUUCCUUUCUGAUGAUCGAGCGUUGGGACGAUUGCUUUUAGACAACCUAACGGACAACUAUAAUGACGUUAGAGAUAAUUGUUUGGAAUUGCUGACUAUAUUUUCUCAAGCUACCGACAAGAAAAACAACAUAAAUCUUCAUUAUGAUGUGCUUCUAGAAAAAUGCUAUGCGCUGUUAGGCUCUUACAAGGGCUGUGAGGGUGGUUCCAAACUAGCUGAAUUUCUUUUCAUCGUAAGCACCAACAAACCAAGUGUGAUUCAAAACCUUCUGGAUAAACUUAGUCAAAGAAUUGAGUCAUCUAACCACAAUCUGAUAGCUAACUUUAGCAAAUCGGUACAUGGUUACUUUUUAGCGCUAAGUCUCUUGCUCCACAAGUCUGACUUUAUCAGAGAAUUGGGCGACAUAGAGGCCACUAUCGAUACGUGCAUCCGUCUUAUUGCACUCAAUUGGGCUACUGUUGAGCACAUACUGUGUGAUGAUCCAUUCGAAAAUCAAAAAGAUUGCAUGAAAGCUGGAUUCGAUGUGUCGGAUCCUCAGGUAAUUACAUAUGCUUUCAGGUCUAUAAAGGAUUCCGCUGAGCUUUUGCGUACCAUUAUAGGUAUUCCUAGUUUGUCUGAAAGUCAACUUGUUUCUUGUGGUGAGUUGAUGCUAGAGCAGCUUGCUACCAUUCGUCACAGUGGCGCUUUUCAAUCCGUUGUACCCAGCUUUGUGGCAUGCUGUCAACGUUGUUAUCAACAAUGCCCCAAAAUUACUGAGAUUUGGCUUCAUAGAAUGUUGGGUUUACUUGAAAAAAAGACCCAGUUCAUUACGCGGCGAUCUGGCGGUGUACCCCAUAUUAUCUGCAGCAUAGUUUCACCGGAGACUGCUGUCAAGAGACCAUUACUAAAGCUCACGUUUGACCACUUGUUUAAAAUUGCGAAAAUACCCGUCUCAGAACACGAGGAGAGAAAUGAUCUGCCGCAAGUAAAUGCUUUCAAUUGCAUAAAGGUACUAUUUAUAGAGUCGACGUUGUCCGAUGCCUGUGCGCCUUUCGUCUAUCCUGCUCUGGCAUUGUGCUUGAGAUCCUUCACGUCACCUCUUUGGUCAUUAAGAAACUGCUCUUUUAUGUUGUUCUCUGCCUUGCAAAAUCGCUUAUUUGGUAAAUCUGGAAAGAGUGUAAGCGCACGCCUAUUCUUUUCACGGUAUGAAGGAGUACAGAGUAGCUUACGCGAACAAUUUGAAAAAUCUCUCAAUAAAUCACUACUCAUUCAAGGAACGAGAGAGAGUGGGACUGACCUUCCUACACUUGAUUCCCAGAUCGAAAGCAUAUUCUUGGUACUGACGAUACUGUCAAGACUCAAACAAACGCCAGGUUUUGAUGGACUGGCAGACUUCAAAAAGUUGGUAGUCUUGUGUCUGGAGUCCCAGAAUUGGACGGUUCGGCAAUUGGCAGCGCGAACAUUGCCAAAUCUCGUCAAUGAUUCCUCCGCCGAAAUUUUAAACCUCGUACGCAACCUUCAAUUGUCUGGAUUAAAGCAGAACACGGCACACGGAUACAUUUUGGCCAUACAUGAGUUUCUUGGCUCCGAGGAUAAUCAAUUCUUGUCUGGCACUGAGUUGGCUUACAUGGUAAACUCGAUCGUAGAUUUGGCCGGCAGCUUCAUUUUCGAGAAUAAGUGCUUCGUUACCGCAAAGGCCUUCGUGAGCUUGGUGGACAUUUGUCUAUCAAAGGGAGCCCUAAGCACUGCAGAAGGAAAGAGGUUGACAUCCCAACUAGGCACUUACUUUCUAAAACUCAACGAUGAUUACUCAAUGGAUGGAACCAAACAACUCCUGCUCAAAGAACUGUUCUCCAUCCUAACAAAAAGAGAAAGCAAGGAUAAUUUGUUGGAUCUAACAGCGGUUGCUCUGCUGUCGCCUUUUUACGAAGUUCAAAUAGCUGCUGCAGAGUACGUUGCCCAGAAUGAGAAUUUGAAUAUCGGCAAGGAGAGCGUCAUUGCCGAAAUACUUCUUGAACUGUUCUUCGAAGAAAAGGUGUGGAACCACAUCAAACUAUCGGUUCUGAGGGCCCUAAUCACAUUGAAAGUUACUAUAGAUGUCAAAAAGCUCAUGGCGCUGAUCGAGGAAACUCACAGUGAUGAUCUCAGGGCUACUGCCCUUGAAUAUGCUGGCCUGUUUGUGGGUGCAGGUGACAAUCUGUACAGAGGGCUCGUAGAGAAAUUGUCACGCGAUGAGAUACCUUUUGAACUCAGAAAGUCCGCGCUUGUUUCAUUGACCAACGCAACUAAUCGUUUUCCUGACGUAAAGAUGUUUUUCGUGAUCAGCCGCUUUCUGUAUGAUGACGACCUCGUACUCCGCGAAACGUCUUCAACACAUCUUAACAGAGUUUUGUUCAAGACAGACACAGUGUCCCUUGGAACUGCUUUUCCUGUUACAGCCAAUUUGUUCGUAGCGCACAUGCAAAAUAAUCCAGAAGCACACGCUAUUGCCUUUGCGGCUGUCAAGGGGGAUCUCGAACCCUUGACGUCUCAAACCUGCUGGGAAAAAGAUGAAGAGGCAGACGAGCUGUUCGAGGUUGAACCAGAAAAUCAAUUUAGAAACUUUGUUGAGGAGGGCCUACGACAUGUAGAGCUUUUGAGGCACGCUAAAGAUUUGAAAGAAGAGCUUCACAGUUUCGUUCUGUCGCUAGUCCUUGUCUUGAAUAGAAGGAUGUACCAUUAUGUGGUAAAAGAUGCACCACUGGGUUGGGGUUCAAACUAUAAACUUUUCGGGCAACUUGUCAUCCUACGCAAGUUGGCGUUGAGCCUUGAAAUCACCGAAAUAGAACUACUGGACCAGCAUCUGACGUCCUUGGAUUGUCAUCCGUCAGUAUUUGAACUUUCUUCCGGAAGCGCCUAG